UCAAAAUCUCGUCGCUGGCACUUAACAUUAAUUAACUAAGUUUUAGAAGCAGCUUUUUCGCGAUUAGCUCAUCUUUACGGCCACAACAUGUUUAGAAGUAACUGUGUAACUUCUUAUCCGCGCUGAGAGUCUUGUGUAGCGUUUCGGAUACACCGCGUUAUGAAGACUUGUUAGGAGUGAUGAAUAAUUAUAUUUUCAUUAGAGUCGUCGGGAAAGGCAGCUAUGGAGAGGUGAACUUGGUGAAACACAAAACAGACCGAAAGCAGUAUGUCAUAAAGAAGCUGAACUUGACCGCAUCGUCUAAGCGGGAACGGCGUGCUGCAGAGCAGGAGGCGCAGCUUCUGUCCCAGCUGCGACACCCCAACAUCGUAACCUACAGGGAGUCUUGGGAAGGAGAUGACUGUCAGCUGUACAUCGUCAUGGGUUUCUGUGAGGGAGGUGACCUCUACCACAGACUCAAGCAACAAAAGGGUGAACUCUUACCCGAGAGGCAGGUGGUGGAGUGGUUUGUCCAGAUUGCUAUGGCACUUCAGUAUCUGCAUGAGAAGAACAUUCUUCACCGGGACCUUAAAACUCAAAACAUCUUCUUGACGAAGACCAACAUCAUCAAAGUGGGGGAUCUUGGCAUCGCACGGGUUUUGGAGAACCAGAAUGAUAUGGCCAGCACACUAAUCGGGACCCCUUAUUACAUGAGCCCAGAGCUCUUCUCUAAUAAACCCUAUAACCACAAGUCAGAUGUAUGGGCCUUGGGAUGCUGCGUGUAUGAAAUGUCCACAUUGAAACACGCCUUCAAUGCCAAGGACAUGAACUCACUGGUGUAUCGAAUUGUGGGAGGAAAGUUGCCACAGAUGCCCAGUAAGUAUGACCCCCAGCUGGGAGAACUCAUCAAGAGCAUGCUAUGCAAGAGACCCGAAGACAGGCCUGAUGUGAAGCUUAUCCUCCGACAGCCCUACAUCAAAAGACAAAUUGCCAUGUUCCUUGAGGCCACUAAAGAGAAAACUGCUAUGUCAAGAAAGAAAGCUGUGGGGGGCGGUGGCGAUAGCAGGGCCAACAGCGCUGCAUCUGUAGUGUCAUCUCAGCCAAAGCCUGAGAGGCUGCCACCAAGUACCCAGCCUGAAGCUUCUGCCAGGGGGAGACGGACAGAGGUUUCACAACAAGAUAAAGAACGGAACGGUGUCUCAAACCAACACAGAACCCAGACACCUCCAGUGCCCAAAUCUCCUCCACCUGAUGCUCUCAAAGGUAGCAGUGUGUCCUUGGCAACGAUUAGCAACAUUAAUAUUGAUAUCCAGCCGCAGGAGGAUAAGGACCUGAUGGAGAGACAGGUUCAGCAGCCCCAGUCAGUUGUGACAAAUCACCGAGCAGAUAAUGAACCUGUGACUCACAGUGCACCCAAAGACAGGAGGGGAAGAGGGAAACCAGAUCCUUCUCCCCCUCCUUCCCCACUCCAGCCCCCUCUAAAGCCAAUAUCAGGUGUUGCGAGAAGGGGAGGACAGGAGAAGAGGCCACCCAAUGGAUUGUUAGGUGUUCGCUCACAAGCCACACCGAACCCUGGAGAUAGAUUUCCUGUCUUUGUGGAGAAAAAAACGUUGGAUGUGGAUGAUAAGGAUGAUACAAUGGAGUUACUCAAAGAGGCUGACAUGGAAAACCCAAAGCACGAAGAUGAGAGACAGACUUUUGUUUCUGUCAGCGUCCCUGAGAGGAAGUCUGCACACAAACCCGGUGUAGAAAAUGUCAAGGAGGUUUUGGAAGUGAAUAUAGACAGUAAAAACGAUACUGUGAACCUCCUCAAGGGAGCACCAACACAAAGCAUUACCUCAGAUGUCCAAGAUAGUCUAGAAUCCACUGAGAAGCUGUUGGAGCCCUUUCCUCCAACCACAGCAUCGGAGCCUCUUCAAGGGGAAUCUCCCUUAGAUGCUGUCAAGCCGAGCCUGUCCACUCCAGGUCCAAGUCCUCCAUGCAUUUCAAUGGAGCCCUCUGUCUCACAGCAACACAGGCAGAGGAACAAGAGACAGACACAUGGGGAUCAGGACAAGUCUAAGGUGGCCACUCGUAGACCCUUGCCUCCCCCGCCUGCUGACGUCCCAGCCCCGGAAGGGAAGAGGAGGAGCAGAGAGAGCACCGAUACCAAGAAAUCCACCGUGGCUGCAUCAACCACAUCAGUUAGUUCCUGUCAGGACAGAUUAUUACCACUGCCACAGGACCGUCCUCUGUCUGCUCGAGAAAGGAGAAGACUGAGACAGUCCCAAGAGAGCACCAGCCAAACAGGUGCUGCAAGAAGAGCGUCUCAUGAUGUCACUUCCUCCAAGGCUGAGCACACUCCAGUCGUCCGAUGUGUUUCAGAGCCUUUCGCUGAGGCCAACAAUAAGCAGGAUAAAUUUCUGGGACGGAGGUCAGAUGAAGAUGAAUGCAGCUCAUCCACAAGUUCCACAGAGCGCUCAGAGGGCGACUGCAAAGAAGGGAAGACUGAAUCAAAUGACAUUCAGGAUCUAGUCCAGAUGAUGACCCAGACUUUGCGAAUGGAUGGCAGAGAGGGUGUGAGCGAGCUGGAACGAGGCUCUACCACACUGCCAGAGUUUAAACUGAACAGGAAGUACCGUGACACCCUGGUGCUUCAUGGGAAGGCUCAAGAGGAAGCAGAGGAUUUACGACUCAGCCAAUUACCAAUGAACUCCACGUCUGGCCCAGCAAAGAUCCGCAGAGCCAUCGAGCAGCUGAGGACAGAUGUGGUGAAGGGCCUGGGUGUCAAGCUGCUGGACAGAGUCCUGGAAAUCAUGGAGGAGGAUGACGACAACAAACGAGAACUGUGCCUUCGGGAUCAAAUGGGAGAGGAGAAGUACCAAGCCUAUGCUGUGAUGGUGAGGCAGCUGAAAUUCUUCGAGGAUGUUGCCUUCAAAGUUUAGAGGGCUGCGUUGGCAGCCCAAGCGUCACCUUGUAGUGGCAUUUCCUUGACAAAACAUGUGAAACUACGAGAGAAUGUACACAUGAGCCAGAGGAUGGCCAUCACAAGGAAAUGGCACUGCUUCACACUCCAGCACUUCCAGCUAGUACGAUACCAACGCUUGCACAAGAGGGAACUUGAUCUUUGUGAGUAAUACUGCAGCUUGCAAGCAGAAGUCCAGACCUGAUCUCACACACAAACUGAAGGAGCAAUCCAAGUUCAUUCCCCACAAACUUUAGGCUCAGUGUUCAAGUGAAAUUUAAGUUUGACAGUCUGGGGAAGCCUCAGCGUUAGACCUUUGUGUCUAUACAUUUCAUUGGUUACUGUAAAUGUUCUGCCUAUCUGAAACUGUAUUGUGAUUUGCUGUCUGUUACCCUUUGAAGCAGAAAACAUGGCAGCACAGAACUACUGUUAAUGAUAAAGAAAAAGAAAUUCUGCUUCAUCCUCUCUCCUUUGUGGUGGUACAGUGUUACCAUUUCCUUGUUUGGGUCUUCUUGCCUGUGCAUGCAUUUUCUCGGAUGCUUGUAAUUUUUGUGAGGCACUCUUAUGCAAAUAUGGGUAUCAAGUUUUUGUACCGCAAUUUUCAGUACAGAUUGAGCAGAAAAUCAUUUCUAUAAUUUCUAGAAUCCCUAUGCAAAGAUCGAGUUAUUUUAAGGCAGACUACUUGACGUUCUGUUUACUAUAGUGAUACUAGUUAUAAUGCAAUUCCAAGAAUUGUGCCUAUGCUGUAUCUUUAUUGACAUUAGGUCUCAUUUGAGCUGUAUUUUGUAUUUUCUUACACACAAGAUGAUACAGUAGAUCAUGUAUUGUAGAUAUUUACAUUAAAAUAUUUCCAAUGAA